AUGAGGUCCGCAGCCUGCAGGCUCCGCCCCCUUGCCUGUCCCCAUGGCAACGCACAAAGCUCCUCCUUAGACUUCUGUGUAGUUAGUCGCUCCGCGUCCGCGCGCCCUUCCACCAUGUCCUUCAACUCAGCUGCCACUCCCGAGUCGUUCUCCAACCCAUUAUCCUCCACACAUCCCAGAAAGCCUUCGGUCAAAUGGGAUCUGGGCUCGAAUUUCGAGUCCGUUGCCAAGGAGACCACCACCCCUGGCACGGACUUCCGGCGCGAGAGACUGGAGAGCCAGCCGGAUCUUGGCCUCCGCAUCCACCCUCAGAUCUACUUCCUGCGGCCGCGGCCCCAAGUCCCGAAGUUGUUAUUCAGCAUAAUGAAUUCCAAUGAUGCAAAUGUGAGGAAAAUUUUACCCAAGAGCAAUUUAUCUCGGGUGAUUAUUCGGGACAACCUCAAUGCACAGCGCAUCUACGAGAUGGAGAUGAAAGCUUCUGACAAGACCAAGAGAAGAGUGAGCCACUUGUACGACCACCUGAAAAAAAAGUUCAUGACGGACCAGCUGAGAAAGAUGCUGCGCUGGAGGCGGGACUCUCUGAGCACCCAGCAGUACUUGGAUAGGCAACGGGCCUACAGAGCCUCGACUUAGAUGGCAAGCCAGCCACCGUAGCAUUGGCAGAAUGAUCUGCCCCAGGAACCCGAAACCACCCUGGUGAGAGCCGAGGAGCCCCGAACAUGCUGGUCUCCACCGGGGUGGAGCAAUAAAGGGAAAGCCGCGGAUAGGAAAAGAGCACAACAUGUCCUCGGUUCCAAUCUGCCUUGCUCCUCCGUCCCCUCUAUUCCGGUGAAAGUUCGGUAUAGCCACCGAUGCUUGGUGGAAGGGGGAGCGUCAAGCAGGUCUCCCUGGUUUGUGCAAACAUGGAAACUUCUGUGCCCACAUUCUCUUUCUCUUUUUCCUACUUCUCUCUUUCCCUCCACCAUCCCCACUUUCUCCAUCUCUCCUUCAUGUCUACCCUUCCUUUCUUCCUUCCUUCCUCCCUUCCUUCCUUCCUUCCUUCCUUCCUUUCUUCCUCCCUCCCUCCCUUCCUUCCUUCCUUCCUUCCUUCCUUCCUUCCUCACUUCCUUCCUUCCUUCCUUCCUCCUUUCCCUCCCUCCCUCCCUCCCUCCCUUCCGUUCUCCCUCUCUCCCUCCUUUCCUUCCUUUCUUCCUUCCUUAUUUUGGUCUGGAGACAACUCAGGACUUUGCAUGUUCUCGGCACAUGCUCUCCCCAGAUCCAGGGUAACACAUCUGCCAGCUGUGCUGGGGCUGUUGACAUCUUAGAUGGAAAGGACUGAGUAAUACCACUGUGUGACAUUCCAGUGGUAAGGAGGUCAGGGCGAGGCACCAAACAGUGCCACCUACCCGCUUGUAUGACCUUGGAACCUCCCUGGGCCCGUUUCCUCCUCUGAAAGAGUCAGGCAGCAGGGAAGACAACCUGCCUCCAGGAGCUCGUCCUUUCCCACUGCUGUCAUAAUGGCAGUGCCCAUCCGCUCCCAGCCCUCCUGGUGCUUUUGCAAAGCACUCUCAGCCCUCCUGCCUCCUGUCUGCUCCUCCCCAGAGCCUCCUUAACUCACAUGCUUGCUUUUCUCACAGACUUUAGGUUCUAGUGGCUUCAUUCUGCCUGUAGUAUAGCAGCUCGGGUCUUGGUCCUUAGCCCGGAUUAGAUUGUAUAUCUUGAGGGCAGGAAGUCAGAGCCCACUCAGUCUUGAUAUGGGUCUCUUUUGGAUGCUUCUCCAACCAGCCCUGAGGAUAGGCCCCUCCUGUACCCAGUCCCCACACCUGUAUCGGUGCCAAGUGUUUGACUGGCUUUGACUUGUUUACACACUUUUCUUCCUGAUCAGGCUAUGACACUGACAUCUCUAAUCACAGUAUCUAGGAAAUUUUGUCCUAGAGAAUUUCAUACAGUAUCUCUUGAUCCUAUCCAUCCCCACUGCUUUCAUGUCUCUUUUUUAAGGAAAAACUCUCCAAUCGGAUGUCCUUGUCUUCUGACUUUGGUCCCCUUCCGUGAUGUCCCCCAAGCCUUGAGGAUGGGGUACUGUUAUAAUUGUAUUACUUGGGGUCAGAUACCUCAUGGCCAGCUGAUGUCUGCAUUUUGACCAGUUGAGACUUUUUAUUUUAUGUGUUUUGCCUACACUUCUGUCUGUGUACCAUGUGCAUGCCUGGUGCCUGCAGAGGCCAGAGGCAGGGUUGGAUCCUCUGAGGGUUGGGAUUUCAGAGGAUUGGGAUCGCCAUGUGGGUGCUGGGAAUCAAAUUCAGCUCCUCUGCAAGAACAUCCAGUGCUCUUAACAGCCAAGCUAUUUCAGCCCCUAUGAUGAUAAUGGUGAUGAUGGUGAUGAUGAUGAUGACGAGGAAGAUAAUGAUGAGGAAGAUGAUGAUGGGUUUCUGAGACGGGGUCUAAUGUAGACCUUUCUGGCCUUGAGCUCUCUAUGUAGCUGAGGAUGGCCUCAACUCCUGAUCCCCCUGCCUCUAUCUCCUGGGUGCUGGGAUUAUAGAUGUGUGCUAACACACUCAGUCCUUCCUCACAAUCCCCUUCCUACUACACUCAAGAGAAAGCAUGCUCUAUUUGUGUCAUUUAUUCUGCCUUAUAAAAUGACAUCCAAUAACUUUUUUUUUUUUUUUGGUUUUUGAGAUAGGGUUUCUCUGUGAAGCUUUGCGCCUUUCCUGGAACUCACUUGGUAGCCCAGGCUGGCCUCUAAGUCACAGAGAUCCACCUGCCUCUGCCUCCCGAGUGCUGGGAUUAAAGGCGUGCGCCACCACCGCCGGGCUCUACAUUUGUUUUUCUGCAGAUAUAAUAUCAUUUUUAUUCUUUUUUCUGUGUGUAUUUUUAAAUCCCAUGCAUCUGUUGAUGGACAUCUAGCAUGGUUUCAUUUCCUGGCAAUUGUGAAUACUGCAUUAACAAAUGUGUAUGUGUAGAUACUUCUGUGUUAUGCUGACUUACUGUUUCUUGAGUAGGUACUCAAGAAGUAGGUUCUAAGCCAGUGAAGGAGAGCCUCAGCAACAACGUAGAUGAACUUGCCCAUGAGAGUGAGGGCAAGCAGGCAAACAGCACAAGCUUCCUCCUUCCAUAUCCUUUUAUGUGGGCUGGGGUGGGUCUUCCAUCUCACAUGAUCCCGUCAUGAAAAAUCCCUCACAGGUGUGCCCCGAUGCUUGGAUUUUAGUUGAUUCCAAAGAUAUUCAGGUUGAUAGUCAAGAUUAUCUAUCGUGUGUGUGUGUGUGUGUGUGUGUGUGUGUGUGUGUGUGUGUGUAGAGAUAUAGGGGACAGAGAACAAUUUUGUGAAUUAUUUCUUUCCUGUCACCUUUACAUGGAUUCUAGAAAUGGAACUCAGUUUUCUGGCCUGAGCCAUCUCACUGGGCUACCUUUCCUAGCUUCUAAAAUGUACAUUUUCAAAUAGUCCCUAAUAAUCCGCUGGAUUUCAUUGAAGUCUAUUUUAACAUCCACUUCUAUAUCUCAAAUGUAUUCAUUUGAGCCUUCUCUUCUUUGGUUAGGUUAGCUAGAGGUUGUCAAUAUUGUUUUUAAAAAUCUUUAAAAUUUUAUUUAUUCAUUCUGUGUGUGUGUGUGUGUGUGUGUGUGUGUGUGUGUGUGUGUGUGUGCAAGUGCCCAGGUGGAGGUCAGUGGGCAACUUUCAGGAGUUGGUUUUCUCCUUCUAACAUGUGGGGUUUGGGGAUCGAACUCAAAUUUGUCAGGUGUGUGCCUUUAUCCACUGAGGCAUAUUGCCAGCCCUGUCUUUUUACUUGAUGGCCCUGGAAUCAUACUCCUCUUAGGCUCCUAGUGUUGGGAUUACGGGUGUGAAUCACUGUUGUGUGAGCCUUCCUGAGGAGGCACAACUUAACAUUUGUCUACCCACUCCAGAUAGGAAACCCAUGACAGACCAAAGAACUGAUCACACUAGAAUCCAACUUGGUGAACUAGUGAAUGUAUUGUAUGAUAAUGAGUCCAUUUAUUAUACUUACAGAGUAUAGUCGAGGGAUUACUUGUGGGAGCAAGGACUCACAAACAGGACCCAAUGUGGGUGAAGACUUAGGGGUGCUGCAGCGCUGGAGAGCAGCUUGACAGCUCUGAGAGUCUCUCCCAGACAGCUUUGUGGGUCAGACUCAUCGCCUCAGCCACUCCAGCACAGUUGACUCUUUCCAUAACCUUGGGAUUGGGGCUCUCUUGAAUCUUACAAGUUCAGCUUUCCCAAGCAUGUGAAGUUAGCUUCCAUCAGAGUCUCAGGAGCCUUCCCAUUCCCUUUUCCACAUCUUUUGGAUAGCAUAUCCAGUAGAAUCGGUUAAGUCCAUUUGAUCUAUGGUAUAGUCUAGCUCUGCAGUGUCUUUGUUGAUUUCAGUUGGAAAGACCUAUCUAGUGAUGAGAGUGGUGUACUGAAACCACCCAUUGUUACUGUAUCAGGACCUAUGUGACCUAUGCCCUUUAGUAUUUGUUUUAUAAAAUUAAGAGCUGCAAAUUUGGUGCUUACACAUGAUGUGUAUCCUUACAGUUGUUACAUAAUUACCAUCGCCAUCUACCCCCUUCUUUGAAACAGCCUAUCCUACCACAACCCCAUACAUAGCUUAACUUCCGUAUAAUAUUAUAGGACCUGCCUUCGUAUUACACUUCCCGGGGGCCCAGAGGAGACACUACCAGUGGUGCGGGAAUGAAUCUAGAUGUAUGGAGCUCCUUCGUCCAACUUGUUUAUUAGCCCGCCACCAUCGUUCUGCCAGCAUAACUCUUCCUGCUUCUAUCGGAACUGGCCUGUAUCUUUUCCAAGACAGCCACACCUUCAUACUUACACUACAGCAUAAGAAUUGCAAGGCCUCCACCAGAAGCUUCCUGGCAACUUCAUUUGCAACCCAAAAAGGGGAAGAGAAUAAAGGAGGACUUAGAUAGGAGCUGGAAUAAAUCAGAGAAGGAAUUUAUGUGCUAGGAACAUAUCCUUACUGUGGUUGAAAACAUUAUGAGUCUAUCACAAAUGUGCUCAAACUAUAAACUUACAGGUGAUAGGGUAAAGAAAUCUGUAAGUCACUAAAAAUAAAACUGCCACUGUUUUUCUCUGCUGCCAGUUUUCUGACAGGGCAGGGGAGGAGUACUGAUAGCCAGUCAAUCUGCAUCACAGCUUGAAGCACCCGGUGAGGGGAAACCCCUUUAUUCUAAGAAAUCUGUGGAAGAUCUGAACUUGAUUUGCAUAAUAAACAAAGCUAUGCA